UUCUCUCGUGCCUUUGUUGUGCUCUUCUCUUCUAUCUUCUAUUCCGUCUUCUUCCUGUGUUUCGUCUUAGCCUUGCCGACACAUCCUCUUCCCCUUGCCCUAAUCCCUCUCCGAUUUGAGGAGCUUCGGUGUUCGUUGAUGGGGAAAUGGGCGACACGCCCGUGCCGUCUUCUGGAUUUGGUCAUACGCUUUGUUUCCCCGGUGGAAAAUGGAAGAUGAGAUUUUUGAAAUAUUUGGAGGUGUUCUAAGUGGCUCUUCGUAAAUUAUAACGAGAAUGUGGGGGCUUCUGUUUGGAUUAGGGCCGUGACGGAUAAGGGAAAAGGAAACUUCUAUAUUGAUUGUGUUUAUCAUGGAUAGACAAAUAUCAGUAGAUAGAGAUGUUUUGGUGGAUUUGGAAAGUGGCAUGAAUACGAUGAUAAACCAACAAGAGGAAGCAAAAGAUGUGGGCUGCGGCGCAGGGCAGGGGAGAAGAGUGUUGGAUAAGGAAUGGAGUGGCUUUCUGGGCAUUGAUGGAUUCAUGAAACAUGAAGAAGCUGUGAAAUUGGAAAAUGGUAUGCCUGGUUGUGCUGAGCUUCCUAUCAGGAAUGCAGAAGCUUCAGUGGACAAGAGGGAUGGAGGAGAGGAAUGGGUGAGGCUUCUGGAGGAGAAGGUGGGAGCGGAGAAAAUGAAAAAGAAAGGCUGCAAAAAGCAUCCGAAACCACCCCGGCCUCCCAGGUCUCCAUCGUUGGAUGCUGCUGAUCAGAAGCUGAUAAGGGAGAUUUCUGAGCUUUCCAUGAUGAAGCGGGCAAGGAUUGAGCAGAUGAAAAAGAAGAUGAGGAACACAAAGUCGACAUCUUCUACAGGCAACUUCUUUGCCUUGAUUGUUACCAUUCUUUUCUGCCUUGUUAUAAUCUGGCAAGAAGCUUUUUCACAAAGGAGUUCCAUAGUCAGAUCUCAUGGUUCUGAAUCUUCGGUUCGCGGUGGAUUAAUCUCUGUUCACUUUCACAAGAAUGCUUCAGUGAAUCACCUUAAUAUGUCUUCCUCAGGAUACCCAAGUAAUUUGUAAGCAAGAAGAACUGGAUGAUGAGCAGUUCUCAAGAUCUCCUGCAAUCUCAGCAAUAGAAAUUUGCAACCUUUGCAAGAGAUUGAUCUGAAUGUAAUGUGUCACCCUUUUCUUUUUCGCCUGCCCUUCUUGCAGAGACACUCUCUGCAUCCUGUUUGAUAGUAAUUAUGUUCUGUAAAUACGAUCAGAUAACAGUGAGCCGCUAAGAGUUUGACGGUUCUUCUGGCCUUCAAACCUUCAGCUUGUUCUUAAAGAUUUUGGCACCUUUGUGCA